GGCAUGGCGGGUCUGGGACCCUGAAGGUCCCCCCCGCCUCUGCCGUGCUGGCCCCAGCGCAGAGUCAGCCCCACCUGCAUGCACCCAGCCACCAGCCGCCUGGUUCCCGGCGACGACGACGGGCUGGGGCGCGCGGGCCCCGGGGGCGGACUCCUGCCGCCCAACUGAGACGCGAUUCGUCACUCUGCAGAACUUUCCCCCUGAAAAUCCCUGCACUAGAACCAGCCCUCCCGCCCCGCGGAGGUUUUGAUUUUAGUGGCUUUCCUUCCUUUUAUUUUCUGUCGUGUGCGGGUUUUGGCGUCCAAGCACAUUUGCAGCUCGUUCGAGUCCAUGUCAGCGGUGGUCGCCCCUGCAGCUGCUCACCCUGACACCAUGCACUCCGAAGCAGAAGAAUCUAAGGAAGUGGCCACAGAUGUCUUUAAUUCCAAAAACCUGGCCGUUCAGGCACAAAAGAAGAUCUUGGGUAAGAUGGUGUCCAAGUCCAUCGCCACCACCUUGAUUGACGACACGAGUAGCGAAGUGCUGGAUGAGCUCUACAGGGUGACCAAGGAGUACACCCAGAACAAGAAGGAGGCAGAGAAAAUCAUCAAAAACCUCAUCAAAACAGUCAUCAAGCUGGCCAUUCUCUACAGGAAUAAUCAAUUUAACCAAGAUGAGCUAGCACUGAUGGAGAAAUUUAAGAAGAAAGUCCACCAACUUGCUAUGACCGUGGUCAGUUUUCAUCAGGUGGAUUUCACCUUUGACCGGAAUGUGCUAUCCAGGCUGCUCAAUGAGUGCAGAGAGCUGCUCCACCAGAUCAUCCAGCGUCACCUCACCGCCAAGUCACACGGACGGAUUAACAAGGUCUUUGAUCAUUUUUCAGAUUGUGAUUUCUUGGCUGCCUUGUAUAAUCCCUUUGGAAAUUUCAAACCGCACUUACAGAAACUGUGUGAUGGUAUCAACAAAAUGUUGGAUGAAGAUAACAUAUGAGCAUGUGAGUUAGGAUUGUGACUGCUCAUGAUUUACUGGAAGGAGGAACACUGCUGAUUUAUGAAGGAAAAAAAAUGAUGUUUUAGAGAUUAUGCAUAUUUCAGAAAGACUUUGUGUGAUUCAGUUGUCUGACAUCAAUGACAAUGCUUGAUAAGGCUUGUUCUAUUUGAAGAAAUGCAUAAUGCCAAAAAUUCUGGUAAAAAGCCUCCCAGAGGUUAAUAGAUCCCAGAAAAAGCAUAUGGUUAUAUAAUGCCAAACUAGAGUUGUAUAAAGAAAAAUAGAUAUGACUCCAAGCCUAAAGACUUUCGUAGGGCAGUUGUGUUGGUAGCACAUUGGCUAUUUCUAACGUGUACAGAAUUGUGUAUUUUGAUUCACCUUUAUUCCUUACUAUGUAUGUGGACCUCUUUUAAAAAGCCAAGAACUCUCUCUUACUAUCAUUUCUUCUUUUGAAACAAUUCCAUUUUCAAGUUUACCUUUUGUUAAAGUUUUUUUGUUAAAGAUUUUGUCAUUGACCUUCAAGAAUUCCAUCUUAAGAAUUAAGACAUUGAAGAAUUAAGGCAAUCAAAUGGAACCCUCAGAAUAAUAGAAAACUGCUUCUCUGGAAUCAAUAUUGUAGUAACCAACUGUAUUUAACAUUGUGAAUAAUGUCUAACAGAAGUCUGUGCUUCUGGAAUCGAGUCCUGUGUUUUAGUACCAACAGUAAUACUUUCCAAAACAUGCUAACUUCCCCAAAUGGCAUACCAUUGUCUUGAAAUGCUUGCUGAGGGCUUUACUUUCAUGUUAUCUUGAAAAUGUGCUGACAAAAUCUCCAUUUUUUUUUUUCACAUGCAGUUUAAAUGUAAGAGAUACAGGGGAGAGCUAGACCAUUCUAGAAGUAAAUGGUAUUAAGAAUGAUAAAACAAUCCUUACUUUAGAGAUGAGUCAGAGUCCUCUCGUGGUGUGCAAGGUUAAGGAUCCGACUCAGGUCAUUCCUGUUGUGAGGAUUUGACCCCUGGUCCGAGGAACUUCCACAUGCCGUGGGUGUAACCAAAAAAAAUCAGUAGAGAUGAAUCCAUCAGAAUAACUUAAUUUAGGGGGAUGCAGGGUAAGAGGGAAGAAAGGAUAUUGCUGUGGAACAUGAGAAUGAAAAUUAAUGCAUUUCAAAGUUUAGUAAGGUUUGAUAGGUAAAUAAAGAAUGUCACUUUUUUAUUUAACUGAUAAGGUUUUUGCUAUUUUGUUGUUUGCUAUUUUGAUGAGUAAACCAAAGAAUAUUUGCAUUCCAA